AUGUCUCUGAAAGAGUUAGAAAGUGGUAUCCAAAUGGACAAUGAUAGUGAAGAGGAUGAGGAGAUUUACAUCCCGAUUCCUUAUCGUUUUCACGAUCUUGCCCAGCAGGGAGAAUCCCAAUUGCUGGAUGAUGAAAUCAAGAGAUACAUGAGACGGGACUACAAUCCAAACGAAGUCGUAUUGAGCUUGGAUCAAGAAGAUAGUCUUGGUUAUACUCCACUCCAUUUAGCAAUUUUAAGCGGUAGUGUUGACACGAUUCGUGUGUGUGUUGAUAAUGGGGUGAAUUUAGAAGCGAGAACAGAGGGAGUUCCUUACUCCAUAUUUUUAUUAAACGUGGAGGCAGUCAAAAGUCUCUACAAGGACAAAUUGUGGGAAGUCCUUCAAAUGCUUGUGAUUCCAGAGAAAGCAAGCACCUACAAGGAUCGUCUAGACUGUACAAUCGCGCAUAUUGCUGCCCAAUUCAAUAUGGUCAGCGUGUUGGAGCAAAUUCUUACCACCUAUCCCUCUCUGGUCGAUAUGGUUGAUUUGGAGAAGAACUCGAUUCUGUUCUCUGCUUGUCGCACGUCCCAUGUGUUUCACACCAACUCAUGA